CAUUUGUGAAUGCGGUUUUGUUUACGUUUGGGAGGUGACAAGAGACCGGCGUGAGAAGGAAGUGCGAGAGAAAUGGAAAUGUUUCCUCUUCUUAGGUAUCUAAAUGCUACGAGGGAAACGUUGGAGUCGCAGCCAGCCAGGCUCCAUGUGGUACUGGGGAACGAGGCAUGUGAUCUGGAUUCCGCCGUCAGCGCCCUCGUCUACGCUUUUCUACUGUACUCCCUACGAAAGGACUCGACAGAGGUGGUACUUCCGGUUCUUAACAUUCCGAGGAGAGACUACCCACUGAAAACUGAGGUGGUGUUCUGGCUGGAGAAACACAACAUCCUCCCAGAGAUGCUCUUCUUCAGGGAUGAGGUGGACCUUCAGCACCAACGGGAGACUGGAGAACUACAACUUACCCUUGUAGACCAUCACCAGCUGGCGCCCUCUGACUCCUUCCUCGACGCCUCUGUAGUGUUUAUCCUUGACCACCGGAAACUGGAGCGUCACCCUCAGUCUGUUCCAGGGGGCAUAGUGGUGGAGAUGGUCGGGUCGUGCUGUACACUAGUGACUGAACAAGUGUUGGCCAGGAACCCCGCCUUGCUGGACUCCGUCACUGCUAGCCUGCUCUACGGUACCAUCAUUCUGGACACAGUUAACCUGAAUGAGGCGGCCAAGAGAGUCACACCCAAGGAUGUUGACAUGAUAGGUCGUCUACAACCUCUCCUUUCGUCUUCCAUAAAUAGAUCUGAGAUCUUCCAGCAGCUGACGAAUGCCAAGGCCAAUGUCUCUGGUCUGACCUCUGACCAGCUGUUGAGGAAGGACGUGAAGGUCACUUCAGCAGGUGACCUCAAGGUUGGAGUAGCCUCUGUGCCCAUGAUGGUCAAGGAAUACCUGCAGCGGCCGGAGGUGGGUGAGACACUGUCAGAGCACUGCAGCAGUGAAGACUACAGUGUCCUGGUCAUCAUGGGUAUCAGCAUCACUGGGGAGGUUGUCCACAGAGAUAUUGCAAUAUAUUCUCCCCAAGACCACCUUAGAAACCAGCUGGUAGUGUACCUGCGCGACGCCCAAGGUGAGGUGCUGCAGCUGCUGCCGUUUGACAGUGACAUUGUGGGAUGUUCAGCCUUCCUCCAGCGCAACAUAGCCGCUUCCAGGAAGGUUGUGCUUCCCCUCAUCAAGGAGUGGCUAGCCAAGGAGAACUUUUGAUUAGAUGGUCACCAGGAUGCCCCCGACUGACCUAUUGGCAACUGGAAGAUCAUUCCGGAGUGGCUAGCCAAGGAGAACCUUUGAUUAGAUGGUCGUCAGGAUGCCCCCGACUGGCCUAUUGACAACUGGAAGAUCAUUCCGGGGAAAAAUCUUUUGACUAGCUGACCAUUACUGUUCUCCGAGUGGAAAGAUGAUGAAAAAUUAGACAAGUGCAACAUCUGGUUAUCUUUAUUUGUAGACCUUUCAUGUACAGUCUGAUGGAUGGAUUUGAGAGGGAUCUAUCCUCUCAAUGACUGUAUUUUUUUGUCGGAAUAAAGAUACCCAUGUCCUACUUA